AUGAAAUGGGAGCUGCCGAGUCCCAUCGCCAGCAGCAGCCCAGUUGUUGCACGGUGGCAACAUCUGCAUAGAAGAGAAUGCAGAAGUACAGACACAUUAAUUGGAGCUCCAUUGGUGACUGUAAUAGAAGCUGGAGAGAAAACCUGGACCGAGACACUGUCAGAGGCUGGGCCAUCACCAUUAACAGUUAAGACUAAAGAACUGACAGGAGCAGAGACACCACCAAGAAAUGAACAUUGGGCUGGAGUGGAAGUGGUAACAAUGAAGCAGGCAGGAGAAGAGACCUUGUUAGUGGUGGAGGGUGGAACGCAAGCAGGGGCAGAGAAUGAAACUGGAUCUGUGACCUUUGCUGGAAAUGUAGUAAGGGCAAUAACUGGGCCAGGAACAAAUAGUGGACCUGGGAUGGAGGCUGCAACAGAUGUAGAAACAGGUUUAGCCAAUGUGGAACUCCCUACACCUAGGAAUGUGGACUUUCAGUCAGCUUGUGCAGGGCACUUCACAACUCCAGCACGCAAGAACAACCUAAGUGAUGUUUCUUUGCAUGCAAAACAGGAUGGCACAAUAAAGAAACGGUGCAUAUCUUUAAUCCCUAUGAAAGUCUUAGAUGCUCCAGGAUUGAAGGAUGAUUAUUAUCUUAAUUUGGUUGACUGGAAUGCUGCAAAUCUUGUAGCUAUUGCCCUUUCCAAUGCAGUUUAUCUUUGGCACCCAGAGAAGGGGGUCCAUAAGGCCUUAAAUGUGGAAUCUGGAUACAUUUCGUCACUGGCCUGGAUUAAGGAUAGAAACAACCUUGCAGUUGGAACUAGUGCCGCCCAGGUGCAGUUGUGGGAUGUUGAGACUAAGAAGAAAUUGCGAAAUAUGCAAAGUCAUUGCUCAACGGUUGGAGCUCUGAGUUGGAAUGACCACAUUCUUACCAGUGGCUGUCGGUUUGGAUCUAUUCACCACCAUGAUGUAAGAAUUGCACAACACCAUGUUGGCACACUCUUUGGUCACAAUUCACAAGUAUGCAGCCUCAAAUGGUCACCGGAUGGUGGAUUCCUUGCUAGCGGUGGAAAUGAUGGUCUACUGAAUAUCUGGCGCAAUGAUCCCGGGGCCAACACCAGUAGUAAGCCAGAUCUGACCAUUAAUAAUCUAGAGUCAGCCGUAAAGGCCAUGAAUUGGUGCCCAUGGCAGUCUCAAAUUCUUGCUGUUGGGGGAGGAAUGAAAGAUGGACAUUUGCGUAUAUGGGACACAAAAAGUGGGAGCUGCAUUCAAGAUGUAGAUACAAGAUCACAAAUUUGUUCAUUGCUCUGGUUACCAAAGUACAAAGAGUUAGUAACUGGCCAUGGCUUUCCCAAACAUCAGGUCUCUGUCUGGAUCUACCCAUCUCUUAGAAAGUCAGCUGAUCUCAAAGGUCACAGAGGGAGAGUUCUGCAUCUGGCAUUGAGUCCUGAUGGCAACGUUGUGUUUUCAGCAGCAGCUGAUGAAACUGUGUGUUUAUGGAAUUGUUUGACUGCCAAAGAACGGACAAUGGAUAACUCCAUGGAAGGAACACUGACCUUAUAA